AUGAAAUGGGGAAAUAAGAUGAAAUGGGGAAGUAAGAAACCUGUUUCUUGGUUUUCAAAGUUGAGUGGUUCUUCUAAGUUGAAACCUGCAAAAGAGAAGAAGCAAGAUGAUGAAGCUAGCCAGAAGAUAUCUACAAAAUUUUCCUUGAGUUCUACUAAACGUGGAAAAGAUAUUCAUGAGAGCAGCAAAAGGUUACAGAAAAUAUCAGUAGAAAAGGAGAACGCUACUAGAAGGCCGGAAGAUAUGGAGUCAAAUGAGAAGUUUGAAGAGAUCAUGAGCAGUGUGAAGAAGAAAGCAAGAGAUUUCCAAAGAGAGACGCAUAACUUCCUGGAAGUAGAAGCAAUGAAUAGAGACAAAGGAACUGUGAUCAUGACGCCAAGGAUUCAAGUGAAGAGAGAUAAGAAGAGAUUUGAAAGACGUGACCAAAAGCUUCUCAAACAAAAGUCAGAGGUCCAGGUACAAAAAUCAGCCACAAGAACAUGUACAAGAAGCAACAUUAGAGAAGAUUUUGUGAAGCUAAAGAAAAUAAAGCUAAGGGAAGUAAAGCUAAAGGCUGACCAACAGAGGAAAUCUAUGUACCUAAGAAAGGAGCUAGGAACAAAAGAAAACAGCAAGGUUAGAGUCUUUUCACCAAGAGCUUGCAGAGUGAAAGCUAUUGAAGACUUGAAGAAGGCUAAACUGAGAGUACACGAGGACGAUGGAGGAGGAAUGGAGAUGAAAAGCUUUGCAGUAGUGAAAUGCUCGAGCGAUCCUCAGAAGGACUUUAGAGAUUCAAUGGUUGAGAUGAUCAUGGAGAAUGGUAUUAUCAACCACCCUGAAGAACUCAAAGAGCUUCUUGUUUGUUAUCUUAGACUCAAUACCAAUGAAUAUUAUGACAUGAUCAUCAGUGUAUUUCAGCAGGUGCACAGUGAUUUACAUGUACAUUAA